UUGUGUGGCCGUGUGUAUCGAAUAUAUUUUUCUUUCGUAAAAUACGCAUCACUAUAAAAUGGCCGCUAUUGCAGCAAGUGCAUAAAAACGUUGAAAACACUAUUUUGGCUGCAUUGGAAUUUUACAAGUUUUAUGUGAAUUAGAGUAGGCUAAAUAUUGCAAGUGCGCUAGUGAAAUAUGGCUGAAACAGCAGACGACAAUAAAUUGAAGGAAAAACUGGGCGCAACGCCGCCGUUGCCACAGCCGAAAACAGAAGAAACAAACAGCGUUGCGGCAGAAGAAGAACGAGGCGAACAAGAAGAAGCAGAAGCAGAAAAAGCGGGCCCAGUGAAAUCUAAACAUGAGGAUAUCAAAAUACCAGAGGAUGAUAAAAUUGACAAACUGGAUGAGUUGAGCUCAUUGGAGCAGGAAAUAGCAAAAAUGCAUAAUUUACAGCACGACGACGACACAGAGACAGAGACGGAUCAAUUGGCUAAAGAGCUGGCGGAGCAGGUUAAAGAUGCGGGCGACAGCGCCGCGACUGAAAAUGGCAACGCCAGCAAUGAGGCACAACUGACUGAUGAGCUGGUGUCGCGUCGUCCCACACCAGUCAAUCACAAUAAAGACGAGACGGCAUCGGCAGCUACACUGAAGGAUGUGGAUCUAAUAGCGCUGCUCAAGGGCACUGAUCAGGAGCAGGAGCAACCAACAGCUGCAGCGGCACCGGCAGCCGAUCAAAAAUCCAUUGAACUGGCACUGGCCGAGUUGGACAACGUAGGCGUGACCAUUGAGGGCGAGGGUCAGUACGAGAUAAUGGAAAUUGAUGAUGGUGACAAUGGCAGCACUGCCAGUCCAGUUGUGUUGCAUGCAGCAGUUGCUGCUGCCGCUCCCAAAAGUGCAGCCAAGGGUAAGGCGAAGCUAUCUCCAGAACAAGCGCGUGCUGUGGCUCUCGAGCAAAUGGCGGAUUUAAAAGCGCAAACAGCGCGUCGCAAAGAAGCAGCUGCCAAGCAACAGCAGCAGCAGCAACAACAGCAGCCGCAGCAGCAGCCGAUGGAUAUUGUUAGCUCACUGAAUGACGAUUGGAACGAAUAUGACAGCGGCAGCGACAACAACUCCAAUUCCCACUCUAAUGCUAAUUCCAAUUUGACAGCUGCGAGCAAAAGGCCAAUCGCAAAGAAGGCAAGCAAAGUCAGCAGCGAAUCUGUGGGCAAUGCGAAGGCGCUGACCAAGUCACCCACGCAGAGCGCACUGGAUAAGCUGAAGGCAGCGACGACAGUGGAGCCGACCAAUAACAACAAUAGCCCAGAAGCCACAGGCUAUAAACGCACUCGGGUCAUUAAACGGAAAAUCAUUUGGGAUCCCGAUAUGCCAGAUGCACAGAAAUCGCUGGCGCAAUAUGCCACAACAAAGGCAGGCGGUUCAAACAGCGCCAGUCCAACAGCCACAGCAACAGUGACAAGUGAGCGACCUACAACACCGCGUGCUAGCGGUCAAGAAAGUAUGAAACGUGCGCGUCCAAUGACGCCCAAGGAUGUGCAUAAAGUGGCAGCUAAGCGAGUUGCAACACCAGCCAAGCUCAACGAAUCAAAUGUGGCGUCAACAACAACGGCAAAUCGUCGAGCGCAGACACCAAAUGGCGCUGCAAGUGGCAGCGUGGUGCAGGUCAAGAAGAAAAAGGUCAGCGAAAUUGAUCGUUUGAUGGGUGACGAAGGCGCCGCCAAUAUGAUGCAGGCCGUGGAGCGAGAGCAGCGCGAACUUAGCGGCGGCGAGUCGCCUAACAAACCGUUGAUGCGUAAACGUUCGCUGACCAUCACUGGACGCCAGCAGCAGCAACAACCACAGAAAGCAAAUUCCAGCGAGUUGAUGUCACCUACAACACCGAAAAAGGAGAGUCCACCCAAAGCCUAUAAACGUGCCUCGACACCGGCGGCUGCCAUCGAUGCUGUGUUCAAGAACAACAAGGCAGCAACACCGAAGCCCCAACCCUCUGACUCCUGGGAUUAUGUGUACAAACAGCGGGCGAGCGAAGAGUCGAUGAUUAUGCGACGACGUUCCAAUAGCUCCUAUUCGAGCAAUGCUUCGGCGAGUCGCCUUUCGCUGGACAAUCGACCAGCUGCCGUUGCCAAUCUAUCGGACGAUGCAUCCGAUGCGCCUGCCAAUGAUCCAGCAUUCAAGUUCUUGAAACCGGAGACAAAAACCAACCAAAGAAACGAUGGCAGUCCACCGCAAACGCUGGCAAAUGAUUUGAAACAGCAACAGCUGCCAAAGGAGUCGAAAGCGUCAGCGAAAACAGAGCUGAUUACGCUGCAUAAGCUGGAGAAGGUGUCGCAGCUGAUAGUCAAUAUGCAGCCAUCGAAGACCGGUUACACCUACAAAUUGCAGUUGCUGCAGAAACUGACGGAAAUGCUCAAUAAACUGGCCAAGAGUAAUGACUGCAACACAGUGCUGUUAAGCGUGGGGCAGGGACAAACAUUCUGCCAGGGCAUCGACUGCCAGGAACUGAUUGCAUCUGCGCUCGACAAACGCAAAUCAGGCGCCAACCAAUUGGGAUUGGUCUUAAAAACAUAUCUGCGAACUUUAUUAACAUUCCCCAAGCCUCUGGUGGCUGGCGUUGUGGGAAACCUCAAGAAUCUGGGCGUUAUGCAAUUGCCGCUGUUUGACUAUGUUGUCUCCGCCGAUGACUGCAGCCUUGAGACAAGCUAUGCCAAACUUGGCCAGCUGCCAGAGGGUUAUGCGCUCUGGCACAAUCAUCCAAAGGUCUCCAGUCAAGUUCACAAUCGUCUCUUUUUGCUGGGCGAACAGCUGCAGGCACUGGAGUUAGUGACAACAGUCGGAGGGAAUAGCUUUAUUGACAAGUGCUGCAAGGCACGCAGUGUCAACGACGAGGCGCUCGAAGUGGCCAAACUUAUUUCCAACAGCACAGCUGAGCAUUAUCGCGGGCUCAAAAAGCUAAAUCAGACGGCGAAUGCGGCGUUGCUGCCAUCGCUGGAUGCAGAGUUCAAAAUCCUGACAGAGCAAUGGGCAUCGGCACAGUUUCAGGCCAAUUGCAAGCGCUAUGUGAGCGAUCUUAACAUCUAGGCGGGUCUACCACGCGCAGUGGUAGACGAUCAAUUGUAAUAAAAAUGAGAAUGUGGAAAUGUGAAUUCUUUAUUUUUGCAUUUGCAUUUCGUUAAUUAUUUAGAACCAUUGCAAAAAUGAAUGAAUUUCGGACUUUUUAGGAUUAUACAAACU